UGCACACAGAACCUAGGGUCCAGGGGGAACGAGGGUCUGCCAGCUUCUCAUAGAUCCAGUGCAUGCAUAGGAAGGGGCACUGCCAUCUUUGCAUGGUUCAUUGGUGUGUGCAUUGCCAAUAUCACUCUGUGCCACACUGAAGCUAAAGGGAAGGGGCACUACAAUACCAGCCCUGCACAAAGACCCACUGAUGAACUGGACUGGCAUCACUUCACAGAGGCAGGAUGCAGUGAGUUCCAGGGACCAGUAGAAAGAAGAUGCCCCCAACCCAUGGCAGCUGAUACCCCAUCCUGUGCGUUAAUGGGGAACCGUCCAUGUCAAUGUUAGGGCAGCCUUUUAACCUUCUGCACAAACCUGUUCCUUCUUGCUCAGUAACAGUGACCAGGUCUUGGCUACUGACCCUCAGCACAUGUGCCAAGCUGUGCAAAGAUGCCAGGCUGGAGGAGAAACCUCUCUCUGUGUCUGCAGAGGAUACAGGAUGAUGGAUGCCUAUAUCCAUGGGCAGAAGAUGAAGAUUCAUGGGCAUCGAUUGACUUCGAUGAUGAUGGCCCUUAUUCUAAGGGCAGCAAAGACUGCGCAGGGAACGACCUGGCUCUUGUCUCCAGGCGGCAAAGCAUUCCAGAGGAGUUCCGGGGUGUCACCUUUGUUGAACUGAUUAAGAAGGAAGGGAGCACUCUGGGCCUGACCAUUUCUGGAGGUACAGACAAGGAUGGCAAACCUAGGGUAUCCAACUUGAGGCCUGGAGGGCUGGCUGCCAGGAGUGACCAGCUGAACAUCGGUGACUACAUAAAGUCAGUGAACGGCAUCAAUUUGACCAAACUUCGCCAUGAGGAGAUCAUCAGCCUUCUGAAAAAUGUGGGGGAGCGUGUGGUCCUGGAGGUGGAGUAUGAAUUGCCGCCAGCCAUUCCUGAUACCAGCUCGGCAAUUAUCCCAAAGACCAUUGAGAUCACCUUGUGUAAAGAGGGAAACAGCUUUGGGUUUGUGAUGAGAGGAGGAGCACACGAAGACUGGCAUAAAUCCAGACCACUAGUUAUAACUUAUGUGAGGCCCGGAGGCCCAGCGGAUCGGGAAGGAACUUUAAAAGUUGGUGACCGACUAUUGUGUGUGGACGGGAUCUCCCUCCAUAAUGUUGCCCAUGGAGAUGCACUCACCAUACUCCGCCAAUGCAGUCAGGAGGCUGUCUUCCAGAUGGAAUAUGAUGUUGCUCUUAUGGACACUGUGACCAAUGCUUCCGGACCUCUGCUUGUGGAAAUUGCCAAACCGCCUGGCUCCACAUUGGGCAUUUCUCUGAGCAGUGGCACACUGCGAAAUAAGCAAGUUAUAAUCAUCGACAAAGUCAAACCUGCCAGUGUGGUAGACAGAUCUGGAGCGUUGCAUCCAGGGGACCACAUCCUUUCCAUUGAUGGAACCAGUACAGAGCAUUGUUCUUUGAUGGAAGCCACCCAACUUAUUGCCAGCACGACAGAGAAUGUGAAGCUUGAAAUCCUACCAGCCCACCACAGCCGCCUUUCUCUGAGACCCCCGGAGACUGUUAAGGUGCAGAAGAGCGACCACCCUCAUUGCUGGGACCCUUGUGUCAACUACUGUCACACUCAUCACCCCGGACACUGCAAAACUCCCACCUGGAACCCAAGCUCUAACCAGGACUACUGCAAAUCUUUGGUUGCUGCUAACUUCUCCUCCUCUUCAUCCGCGGGGACUCCAGGAUUCAGCAGUCAGAAUUCCAACACCCUCCCACGCACUGCACAUCAGAUGAGCCCACGGACUACCAUGACUAGGAGGCGACAGAGGAGGAAGGACCACAAAAGUUCCUUGUCGUUGGCUUCCAGUACAGUGGGCCCUGGUGGUCAGAUCAUACACACAGAGAGCACAGAGAUUGUCCUUCGGGGAGACCCUUUAAAUGGCUUUGGGAUUCAGCUGCAGGGAGGAAUCUUUGCCACAGAGACCUUGUCUUCUCCUCCGUUAAUAAGGUUCAUUGAGCCGGAUAGUCCUGCCGAGAGGUGUGGCCUUCUCCAAGUUGGUGAUAGACUGCUUUCAAUCAAUGGAAUCGUCACAGAGGACGGCACGUUAGAAGAAGCCAACCAGCUCCUUCGAGACGCAGCUCUCUCUAAUAAAGUGGUGCUAGAGAUUGAGUAUGAUGUGGCUGAGUCCGUGGUUCCGAGCAGUGGCACAUUCCAUGUCAAACUACCAAAGAAGAGGGGAGUGGAGCUGGGAAUCACGAUCAGCUCAGCAAGCAGAAAACCAGGCGAACCUCUAAUUAUAUCGGAUAUCAAGAAGGGCAGCGUGGCACACAGAACUGGCACUUUAGAACCAGGCGACAAGCUAUUGGCCAUUGACAACAUCCGGCUAGAAAACUGUUCCAUGGAGGAUGCGGUGCAAAUCUUGCGGCAGUGCGAGGACCUGGUCAAACUGAAAAUCCGAAAGGAUGAGGAUAAUUCUGAUGAACAGGAAACCACCGGAGCCAUAAUUUACACAGUGGAACUUAAGCGAUAUGGAGGGCCCCUGGGGAUCACAAUAUCUGGAACAGAAGAGCCAUUUGAUCCUAUUGUGAUCUCUGGGCUUACGAAGAGAGGCUUGGCCGAGAGGACGGGAGCUAUUCACAUCGGAGAUCGGAUUCUGGCCAUUAAUAAUGUCAGUCUGAAGGGGAAACCCCUCAGUGAGGCCAUUCACCUGCUACAAAUGGCAGGAGAAACUGUGACUCUGAAGAUUAAGAAGCAAGCAGAGCGUCCACACUCACAGAAGAUGACAGACGGAGUGAAUGAAGGUAGUGAUCCUGAGGAUGACCUUACAGAUUCUCAAAAAACAAAUCAACUAUCUGAGAUCUACUCCACCACCAUCCCCAGCGUGGACAGUGCCCUGGAAUCCUGGGAUGGGUCUGGUAUCGAUACGGGAUAUGGAAGCCAAGGAAACUACAUGCACCAGGCUGUGGGUAUCUCCCUGCACCCACAUGAGUGGAGAACUGCCAGGCAGAAGAUGAGCACCCCACCUGCAGAGCACCGAAAGAGUUACCCCUUUUUGGAUAGCGACUUCACCGAGGAGGACUGGGAAAAACCUACACGAUUCCCCAGUCAGCCAAACGGCUUGGAGAUUGACCAUGAUGAUAGUUUUUGGCGCGUUUUCGGAGAAGCCUUGGAAGACCUAGAGACCUGUGGACAGUCCGAACUUUUGAGGGAGAUUGAGGCAUCCAUAAUGACUGGCAGUGUGCAAAGUUUGGGCCUUGAUAGCAGCAAACUGCUUCUGGAAAACACAAGCCAUAGAAAGAAAGGCUCCCGACGCUAUAGCAAUAGCCCUAAGAAAGAUAUCAAACCCAGCCAAGAUGUAAAAAACCAGAAAGACGAGGUCUCAGAGGGAUCUUCCACCACAACCGAACUGCUCAAAGUAACUGUGAUGAAAGACUUGGAUACUGAUGACUUUGGUUUCAGUGUCUCAGAUGGUCUUCUGGAGAAAGGAGUUUUCGUCAACAUGAUCCGUCCUGGAGGUCCUGCAGAUCAAAGUGGUCUGCAGCCGUAUGACCGGAUUCUGCAGGUGAACCACGUUCGUACAAGGGAUUUUGACUGCUGCCUAGCGGUUCCUCUUCUUUCCGAUGCUGGGGACAGACUCGACCUGGUCAUUAGCCGGACACCAUUGGUUACUCAGGAUGAUUCCAUUAAGCGCAAUGCUGGAAUGGAAGCAAAGACGAGCACAAAAACCCUCUGAAAGAUUCUAAAAUUAACUUUUUUAGGCACUGUUGAUGCUAUGUAUUUUAAUGUCCUCAAUGUCAUGGGGCCUUGUAAUAUUUAAAUUGUCCAGUGUAUUGUUGUAAUAAUUUAUGCCUUCUUAUUUUAAUAUUUAUUUUUUAAAUAUCUUAAGUUUUCCAUUUUAUUUGGCUUUUUCACAGCUCUAUCCCAUGGCACAUAUGACCAUCUUAACCACUGUGACAUGUUAGCUCAAUCUCUGCUCUUUCAGCUGUUGAUGGAUUACAACGCUUGAGAUUAUAAUCCAGUCUUGCGUGAAAACGUGAUUUGUGUAUUUGAGGUCCCACCAGUACUAUUGGACGCCACAGUGGGACAGGCCUGCACUAUUAACCAUAAACAAUAUGUUUGUUUUUGUCCUCUCCCCGUCCCAUUUGUGGUGAUCACAGAUUUUUCUCUGAUCUGUACUCCUGGUGCUAUUUAUUUGUUGCAUAUUUAAUUUUAGUGUGAUUUGUAUCUAAUCCUUUUAUGAUAUAUUUUUUUCUGAGAGUAUGCACAGUUUUUAAAAUUAUAGCCAAUAAUUUUCUUUCUUUGGGGUGUUUGAAUUGCUUAGAAUUUAGAUUCCUUUUUAAAUC